AAGUGAGUGUUGAAGAGAUGGAUGUCGAAGAAAGAAAGAAAGAAAGGAAGGAAGGAAAGAAAAGGAAAGGAAAAUAGAGAGAGGGGUCGGAGGGAGGCGUAGAACAACUUUACCAACUAGAGAGAGAAGAAGAGAACCCGAACCCUCCUCCCUCCGCCGUCGUCAUCAUCGACCAAUCCACACGGCCGCCGCCGCCGCCGCCUCCUCCUCCUCCCUGGAGGCCACGGCUGCCGCCUCCAAUCCACACAGAAGCCUCCCGCUGCUGAUUCCAUUUCCAUCCAUCCGCCCCCCCAAAUCAGAUAGAUAGAUAGCCUAGGGUUGGGCAGCGGAUGCCAUGACGGUGCCGCCGCCGACGCCGCCCCCCUCGUGGUCUCGCUCCGUCACGGAGACCGUGCGGGGAUCUCACCAGUACACCGUCAAGGGCUUCUCCAUGGCCAAGGGCAUGGGCCCCGGCCGCUACGUCACCAGCGACACCUUCGCCGUCGGCGGCUACCACUGGGCCGUCUACCUCUACCCCGACGGUAAGAACCCCGAGGACAACGCCAACUACGUCUCCGUCUUCGUCGCCCUCGCCUCCGACGGGGCCGACGUCCGCGCCCUCUUCGAGCUCACCCUCCUCGACCAGUCCGGCCGCGGACGCCACAAGGUCCAUUCCCAUUUCGACCGAUCCCUGCAGGCCGGACCCUACACCCUCAAGUACCGAGGCUCCAUGUGGGGUUACAAGCGCUUCUACAGAAGAUCACUCCUAGAAUCUUCCGACUUUCUCAAGGACGAUUGCCUUGUAAUGAACUGCACAGUAGGCGUCGUCAAGAACCGUCUCGAAACCCCAAAGAACAUUCAGAUCCACAUUCCGCCUUCUGACAUGGGCCGUUGCUUCAAGAACCUUCUCAACCUCGGCAUUGGAUGUGACAUAACUUUCGAGGUUGGUGAUGACACAGUCCAGGCACACAAGUGGAUUCUUGCUGCUCGCUCCCCGGUAUUCAAAGCCCAAUUCUUUGGUCCUAUUGGGAAUCCUGACCUACACUCGGUCACUGUGGAGGAUGUUGAACCUGUUGUUUUCAAGGCGAUGGUGAAUUUCAUAUACUCCGAUGAACUUCCUAGUAUUCAUGAACUAGCUGGAUCUGUCUCAACAUGGACAUCGACAGUAGUAGUACAGCAUUUGUUGGCAGCAGCUGAUAGAUAUGGAUUAGAUCGGCUACGUCUCCUAUGCGAGGAAAAGUUAUGUGAUGAACUCACAGCUGAAACAGUUGCAACAACCUUAGCCCUAGCUGAACAACAUCAUUGUACUCAGCUGAAAUCUGCUUGCCUAAAGUUCACUGCCGUUCGGGAAAAUCUGGGAGCUGUGAUGGAGACAGAAGGAUUUAACUACUUGGAGGAGACAUGCCCGUCCCUACUGUCCGACUUGUUGGCUACUGUCGCAGUGGUGGAUGAUGAUUCUGCAACAUUAAACCGGAAGAGGGGAGUCAGUGGUAACGAAGGAGCGAAUCCCGUGGAGAGCGUGGAGGCUAGUGAAAGGCGCAUCCGCAGGAGGGUUUAGCCGGUUAGAACUGAUGUAGCUUUCUUGUUGGUUCCUACUCUCUAUGCUUGCCAUCACUGUACACUAUGACCGUAGUUGUGUCGUGAGCUGUCAUGUUAUUAGUGGUGAAAGUUUAAUUUGGACACCAUUAACCA